GCCCUAUUGCAAAUCAACUAUGCAUGCGUAUGGAGUUUUAUGAUACGGUUUUUCGUCUUUUAUGAUCCCUCUCCGCGGAGUCACUUCCUCCCUCGGCCUCCGCCAGUCAACGUGAAAUGGCCAGGCAACCGGACCCGCGCAUUACUCUCGCCGUUGCCCGAGUCAUUCCGGUGGUCCUUUUCGGCGUCAUCAUAUAUGCUUGCUACGCGGUUACUAAGCCACUGUGCAUUGACUAUUUGAUUCAUCCGCUCCCGAAGUAUGACCGCCCAAGCCGCGUUGGCGCUGGCGCGGCGAUAAUCGCAGUAUUCUAUGUCCUGUUGUUAAUCCUCUUAAUCACCUACUUCCGAUUAUUGUACAGCGUGGUGUGGAACCCAGAUCUCCUACCUCGACCCUCAGAUCUAGAGAAAGAACCUGCCCAUGCAUCAUCUCGGCAUUCGCAGGACCGUCCUCGGAGGAAGAGAAAAUCGCAUCGGAAAUCGAAACCGACCGAAAUAUCGGAUAAGCCCGAGGAAGAUGUUGAAAGAGCGCUCGAUUAUAAUGCGGGGCCGAUGAUGCUCCCGUGGGACACAGCUGGGUUGGAGAGCUUUUAUAAGAAAGACGUCUUUGUGUGCCAGCCAGAUGGGAGGCCCAGGUACUGCUCGAAAUGCUGCCAUUAUAAACCCGAUAGAACACACCAUUGUCGAGAGGUGGACCAUUGUGUUCAGAAGAUGGACCAUUUUUGUCCCUGGGUUGGAGGCGUGGUGUCGGAGACCUCGUUCAAGUUCUUCAUCCAGUUCGUUUUUUAUACAGCAGUAUUUUGCUCCUUUAUCAUGAUAGUAUGUGCGAUUUUCACCGCAGAGUUGAAAAAGGAUACCGGCGAUGUCAACCCCCAUUGGGUUAUCGGCAUUGGAUUGAGCGGCUUCUUUGGCUUAUUUACUUUUGGAAUGACUAUGAGUUCUAUGCAAUUGGCUGCCUCCAAUCUCACAACAAUCGAGAACCUCAACCGGCGCUCCGCAGUAUGGACCUUGGCUAUCCGGGUACCGAACCAUGUGCUCUCAUCACGAUGGGCUCCAACUUUUCACACUAUAACCUACCCACUACCGCCCAUGCCUCCUCCACCGCCCCCUAUGCCUAUGCAGCCUUACCCUGGAGCUAGAAACAGCUACCAACCUCCUCCACAGCCUCCCAUGCCGCCUCACCCCGGAAUUGGAAGCGGUACUCAACCUCCCAUGUCAACUUACCCCGGGGCUGGAGGCGGCUACCCGCCUCAGCCCUCACAACCUCCAACAGGCGCUGAGCAGCACGUCUUCGCCAUCCUCCAAACCCUGCCCGGGGAGAAUCCCUUCGAUCUCGACAACCCCCUCAAGAACCUCCAACAAGUGCUCGGUUACUCCAUCGAUGACUGGCUUCUCCCUCUGAAGCGCAGCCCAUGCACAGACCACAGCAGUUUAGAAAGCGAAUUCGCUAUGGGGCCCGUAGUGUCCCGACUGAGGAGGGAGGCUGGACUGGAACUUGCGCCUGCUGCGGAAGUUCAUGAUAGUAAUAAUAAUAAUAAUGAGCCAGCACCAACAGAUGGCCACCCAAAACACAAACGAAGACGAGGAAAGCACCACCAUCAUCAUCAUCAGCAUAAACGACCGGAAUGACCGCUUCAUCUAGCCUUUAUUGGUUCAUAGACCUUUCAGAACUCCUUUUUUUGUAUAUUUAUUUAAUCAUUAUUGCUGGACGGCCGUCUUUAUGGAUAGAGUGUUGGUAUUGAU